AUGAAUUUAGUCGACUACGAACUUUCCAGCGACGAAGAACCAGGCGAGGCACCCCAAAAAAGGGAGAUCCAGAACGUAGAUUCAGCAGAGGGGGAGAACAAAUGCACAGAUAAUAAAAAGAAUGAAGAAAAAGGAAGGGACAAAAGGACUAAUAAAAAUGGAAAUGACUAUCUUGGUGAAAAUGCAACAGAUAAAAAGUGUUGUAAUAAAAAGGCGCAUAUUCAUCUAGCGCAGAAAUGGGAUGCGGAUAUAGCGGACGAAGAUGAAAUGCGUAAGGAUGACAUUGUAGGGGAAAAGCGUAAACCCAUCGAAGCGCCUUUAUUGAGUAAAUUAAAAGGCGCAGAAAAUAUAUCACAUUAUGAUGGUGACGAUGACUGCGGUGAUGGCCUCCGUACCGAAGUAAGACCCGGUGAUCAUCACACGAAGGAAGAAAACAAACAGAGGAACGUACCACUAGUGAGUGAGCAGACAGACAACCAAAUUGCCAAGGGAACAAACCUCCUAGAAAGUAACAACCUUAUAAAUAUCAGUGUAAACGAAAACAAUUUUGAUGACUUAUUUUUCCUGCCCCCAAAUGAAUACUCAGAUUGUCUGAACCAAAAAAUAGAGGAACUGUCAAAACUGUAUAAAAUAAAUUUAACAAUUAAUAAAAAUAUAAUAAACUCAAAUGAAUAUAAAAAUCCGUGCAUUUUGGAAAAAAUUAUGCAGAUUUUUCAAAUUGAUGUGUAUUCAUCUAACUAUCCUUUGAAUAUUUACAACCCUCAUGAUUUUUUAUCUAUUGAUUUGUUUAACGAGAAAGGAGAGGAAAUGGAUCAGAAGAAAUCCAAAACGAAGUGGUCUAACCAUUGA